AUGACCAAAGAAUUCUCUAAACUCCCAACUUUUGCCUAUCCCACAGCCUAUUCCAUUUAUCUAAAGCCGGAUAUAAACACUUUCAACUGUCUGGGGAAGGUUACAAUUACUAUUAACAUAGUUGAAUCAACGAAUUUAUUGCAACUUCACGCCGAGAAAUUGAAAUUCACCGACGUUUCACUCGUUUUGGAGAGCGGGAAAGGUAAAUUAAUAUAAAAUUGUCAUAAUUUGAUAUUAUACUUGAUAUAUUACCUUGUCUUAGCUCUGGAACGACCUUCUCUUCGAUUUGAUGAGACCUGGAGUCUUUUAUUUGUUGAUCUCGGAUCUAAAAUAGAGCCUCAACUGAUCAAACUGACCUUUGAAUAUGAGUUUACUUUAAAUGAGCAUCUGAAUGGCUUCUAUCGCUCUAAUUACAAGGAUUCUGAGGGCAAACAGAAGUGCUUGCUGUCUACUUUUUUGUGUGUAAGUUACCUUAGGAGAUUAUUUUGAUCAAAUUCCCUAAAUUUUUUAAAAUCUCGAAUUUAUAUUGUCUUACACAAAUUCUGAUCGUAUUUUAGCCCACUUAUGCCCGAAAAGUCUUCCCCUGUUACGAUGAGCCUAUCUACAAAGCCACUUUCCAAGUGGAACUUGAAGUUUCUAAAGGAUUAACUGCCUUAUCUAACAUGCCAGUGGAAUCUCAGAUUGAAAAAGAUGACACAAAACUAUUCAAAUACGUGACUUCUCCACCCAUGUCAACAUAUUUAGUAGCCUUUGCUGUAGGAGAACUUGAAUAUAUCGAGGUAGGCUCUGAUUUUUUAAUAUUAUCCAUGGCAUCAGCUGAAAAACAUUUGAAAACAUAAAUUUUUAAUGAAUAGAAGGCAACUUUUUAGGAAACUGCUUCCAAUGGCAUCCCGAUCCGAGUGUAUACAACUCCCGGUAAGCAGAAACAAGGGAAGUAUGCCUUGGAAGUCGCCUUAAAAGCAUUGGUUUGGUAUGAAAAGUGGUUUAAUAUCCCAUAUUCCCUGCCCAAAUGCGAUCUGAUUGCCAUUCCUGACUUUACAAUGGGCGCUAUGGAGAAUUGGGGUCUGGUUACUUACCGAGAGGUGGCUCUCCUCAUUGAUGACACCAAGUCUUCGAGUAAACAAAAGUCUCGAGUUGCGCUGAUCGUGGCUCAUGAACUGGCACACUUUUGGUUUGGGGAUUUGGUCACUAUGGUAAAUUUAUAGUGAUUGAACUAACAGGGGAAGUACGUCAAGUGCGACGCUCAGAUUUUGAUGAAUCUUGGCACAAAUUUAUAAUAAUGUUUUCUAAAAUAUAUGCGAGAAUUCAAGCUCGCGCUUUGCAGAUACCAUCGAGAUUUUUAGGUCGAAAGUCGACGAAAAUUUGAGACUUUUUGUCAAAUUUCGGCACGAAAAGUUGCAUCCCUAUUUCUACCGUAAAGGUUAUUGUUUCCACAAAAUAUGAUUUUUUCCGCACGAAACUAGCAAAGUUAAGGCCAAAAAGUGUUUUUUUUCUCUGACCGCUCUCCGCGUUUAGCGUAUUCUCUCGGCCGCAAAGAUCGUUGAAUAUCUCGGCUUCGCCUUCGAAGCGCGAGCUAAAACUUUCAGGAAUUGAUAUUUAGUUUAUCCCCGACGUGUGUGCAAAAUUUAAAGAAAAUCUAAGCGUCGCACUUGGGGUACUUCCCUUGUAAGUUUUUGAUGACAAAAAAAAUUGAGUCAUAGAUAAUUUCCCUUUUUAGAAAUGGUGGACGGACCUCUGGUUGAACGAAGGUUUCGCAUCCUUUAUGGAAUACGUUUUCGUCGACCAGAAUACUCCCGAAUUCAAGAUCUGGCUUCAUUUUUUGACCUUUGAGGUCUCUCGAGGCUUCCGGUUAGACUCUUUGAAUUCGACGCAUCCUAUUGAAGUGGAGAUCUCGAAUCCGAAUGAAUUGGACGAGAUCUAUGAUGCCAUCACUUAUGCCAAGGCCUGCUCUGUAAACCGGAUGUUGUAUUGUUAUUUGGGCGCCGAAAAGUAUCAAAAGGGCCUUCAGAUCUACCUAAAUCAAUUUAAAUUCAAAAAUGCCGAGACAAAAGAUUUGUGGAGAGCAUUGGGAGAGGCUUCAGGAGAGGAUGUGGAUAAAUUGAUGUCGUCUUGGACCAAACAAGAGGGAUUUCCAUUGAUUUCGGUAUCAGAAGAGAGGCUAAAUGAUGGGAAAGUGAGAUUACAUCUAAAACAGGAUCGAUUUAUUGCUGAUGGAAGCACUGAUUCCACUCUCUGGCAUGUCCCGAUUACUGUAACAACCGAAUCAAGGAAGGAUUUCAAGUUUUUGCUAUCAAAAAAGGAGGAUUCUUUUGUUAUUGAUGGCAUUUCUGAUGGCGAAUAUAUCAAAUUGAACGCGGAAACGACGGGCUUCUACAGAGUUCAUUACUCGACGAGUCUAAUCGAUAGAUUACUAAAGAAGUAUCGGGAGUUGGCCACAGCGGAUCGUUUUGGAUUGGCCAAUGACACUUUUGUUUUGCUGAACGCGGGGAAAACAGAGGCGUUGAGAUUCAUUGAAUUAAUCGAAAAUGCCAAAGAUGAGAGGGAAUACGUCGUUUGGGAAACAUUGGACAGUGGAAUCGGAAGCUUGGCCAACGUUUUGGCAAGGAAUGAGGACGAGAAUUUGAAGAAAAAGUUUGAUCAAUUUAUAAUUGGGGUGAUGGAGGGGAUCGGAGAAGAUUUGGGAUGGACACCGAAGGAAAGAGAGGGUAAGGAGUACUUGAUUUUGAUGGUGGGUAGUAGGAUAUAAGACUUGAGAGGUGGGCGGUUCUUGGUUCGUCAUUUUAGCCGUUUCUCCCAGUAUUAGAUCUGUGGCGAAAAUUUGUUGAGUUUCUCGACUGCCCAUGACAAACGAUGUCCAAAAGUUUUAGUAAUUGAUGGGCGGACUAUGUAGGUCAUUUACACACAAUUUGAUAAAAAUUGAAAAGUGAAAUAUGGUCCAUCUUUAUGUCAUCAUGAUCCAGUUUUGUCCACAAUUUAUGUAUUUUUGACCGCUAAAUGGCGACUAAUUGAUCCUCAACUAACUCCGUGUCCUUUCAGGUUCUCAAGUUCCCAUCCUCCGAUCACUUAUUUUGAGCCGUCUCUCCAAAUGCGGCCAUCAGCCAACAAUCUCGACUGCCAUUUCCAAAUUCAAUGCCCAUGUCGCAAAUGGAUCUCCAUUACUGCCAGAUCAGCGAGCAUUAAUUUAUUCAACUGUGGCCAGAAAUUGUGGAAAAGAUGGUAUUGAGAAGUUGAAAAGGAUCUUUGAAACUUGCGGAUUCAGCGAAGUCGAGAAUGACGUCAUCUUUUCCUUAGGACAAGUGCCGGAAAGGGAGUUGUUGAAGGAUGUAUUCGAGUAUGGAGUGGUCAAUGGGAAGGUUAGGAAUCAGGUAGGGGAAGAAAAUCAAAUUUUUUGUUAUACUUGAGAUAAAAAUUUCAGUUUUUCAAAAUUCAUCAAGAAUGAUGUAAUUUCAGGACCUUGCUUCGUUCUUUUAUGGUGCUGUCACUCAUAAAGUAGGACAGGAUUAUUGUUGGACCUUCUUCAAAGACAAUUUACAACUACUGUUAACCAAAUUUGGAUCAGUAAACUCAAAUCUUUUUCAAAAUUCCUUCAAAUUAGCGGGAAAUCAACAAAGUUCCAAGCAAUUUAUCGAUGAAUUUGAGGUAACUUUGUUAAAAUAUUGUCGUAUUUCCAAGCUUGUUAUUUUGCUUUAAGACUUAUAUUAACACCUUUUUUAGGCAUUUUGCAAGGCCAAUUUCACUGUCGAGCAACAAAAAAUUCUGGACCGCCCACUCCGUCAGACUGUGGAAUUUAUUAGGAUCAAUGAGAAAUUGAGAACCUGUGAAGAUGUACUGAAGCGUGUUUUAUUGUAA